AAGGGUGACGAGACAGGACUGAGCAGGGCUGGCCAGUUAAUGUUCAACUUUCCACCAGCACUGUUUGUACCCUUCUCAGACGGUGAGGACAGCUUUCGGGACCAGGAGGAGGAGGUGGAAGAUGAGACGCAGGAGAGCCUCCACACCAUGUCACCUCUCCACUUCACCAGAGUUUACUGUGACAUUGAGACGGAGGCGGCGACCGGUCAGACCAAGGGAGUGCCAGUGAGGGAGACUUUGGCCUGCAAACGGCAAGAGAAAAGAGGCAGGACGUUGAAACCGGAUGUUAGUCCGGGCAAAAGCCGAAAUAACUAUUCCAGCCAUUGUGUAGACUAUGCCACGGAAUUCUCCGAACUGAUCUCGACUCGAAUGCCCAGUCUGACUCGCAGGUCUCUUGGCUACGGGAUUUCAAACGCUGAUAUGGCACAAACAAUGCGCCCAGCAACACCUGUUGGUGAUCAGGAGGGGUCGCGGGCGGAUAAACCCUUUGAAGUUCGUAAGUUGGCCAAUGGGGUGCACCAGCCAUUGUUUGUGGUGCAGCCCAAUUCCUUCAAGUGGACAGAACCGAGAGCUGGAGUACAGCCACCGCAAAGCCAGUUGCCUCCUAGCACUCACACCUGCCUCAGAGCCUCAGAUCCGCCCGACCUCAGCCAGCUGAUAGCACCAGAUGCAAAAGAAAAGGUCUUCCUCAAGGUUGUACACAAGCCCCGGAAGUCCAGUGGGUUAAAACCAAUGAGGCAAAUUGAUCCACAAGUCCGAGAGCGACAGAAGCGGGCCUUCAUGAAGAAGAUUCGUCAACUGUCUGCUACGCGAGCACUAUGCAUGGAUCAAGACGAGAUGAGGGGGUGGAAUAUGAACAAUUCUUGUGCCCUCACCUGUUCAAAGGCUGCCUGGAGGAUGGAACCCCUGAUGGAGAUUCUUGCCAAAUUUGCUCCCCUAUGGAAUUCAGGCAAUUCCAAUAAAACUUAUAUAGACCUCAUCAGAAGGAAGAACGUACUCAUGGAGAGGAGGAGUAGGAUGAGGACUAACUGGCAUGAAUCGAUCAUUUAUCGUAAUAACUUUGUUUGGGAUGAAUUAGAUGGUAGUAUCCAACCGACCAUUGCGGCCAGGUACCGUUCCAUUUCCCGUGAAACGCAUAACGCCCUUCCUCUUGCUCCAGAAGAAGACGAACAUCUGGACCCUUCCCAGGCAAACGGCAACAAAGGAAGGAUAGAACCCUUGCCGAGUGGAUUUCGUGAGCUGUAUGCUCGAAAAAGCCGCCUCAUGGGCGGACUGUCUACAUCUUCGCCAGGGCCCGGUCAUGAGGCCCGUAGGACCCACACCGCAGGACUAUCUUCAGAGCUAGUUGGACAAACUGACAAGGCUCCUGCCCAACGGAACGGCCAACCACAAAUACGC